UCUGAACUUGAUGCCGGACUGAAGCAGAGAGAGUCCAGCAUGGAUAGUUGAGAUGGUCCUGGUUCCAUCCAUCCCAUAAAUACUAGUUUGACUUUUGCAUUUUUAUAUUUUUAUUCAGUUCUGGUGUAGAUGAUUCACAUUUCUGAAGUUUUUCCAUUUCAACACCUGAACAGAUACGGUUUACCUGCAAAUGUUCCUGGACGAGCACAGAAGCCGAGUUCAACAGUCUGUGAAACUGAAGCUGAUGAAGGUUCCACUCACAUUCAGGACGUCUGCUGGAGCUUUGAUCAAAUCUUUUUGUGCUUAUUUCUGUGAAAAAUGUUUUUCAAGUCUAGCUUUUUAUAAAGUUAGUUAAACGUAAAACGUCAACAUUUGUUUCCUGUUUUCAUUUAAUCAGAAACUUUAAAGCUGCAUGAAAAUGAAACUGAAUAGAACUUCACUAAAAUCAUUUCUACUCUUUACCAGGGUCCCCAAACUUUUUCUUGUGAGGGCCACAUAACUGUUGUCUUUGAUGGGGGGGCUGGUCGAUUUGUAGGCUAACGGAAAAAGUUUUAACAAUUACUGUGUGUCUAAACGUAACAAUUGUGCUUUUAAAGAGACACACACAAUCACAGUUUAACAAUCCAUUUUUGUAAUCUUCACGGGGAAAUAAAUCUAAAACAGUCCAAAAACUGAACCAGUAAAUCAGGAAUCAUCUCCUGUCAUGAUUCUAUUGAGGCGUUGGAAUCCUGCAGAUCCUCACAGAGAUCUUUCCAGUGAUCUGGAUCUCCCAAGAUGAUCUUUAAGUCAUUUUGUUGUUUUUUUUAACUUAUGAAUAACUAUAUAAACGUAUGCACAAAAUUUAUAAUUAAUGUAAAAAAUGUUUAGGUGUAAAACAUGUUAAAGAUUAAAAAAAAAAACGGAAACACGUCACACAGCUCCGUGCAUCGAGUCAAUUCAUUCGUCAGAAGAUCUGUUUCCACUCGGACCAUAAUAACGAUUACACCAUAACAAUCCAGAGAGGACCGCGAAAGUUCGUGCUCACAGUCCGAACCAGCAGAGCAGGAGGAUGAUGUUCUACACACCCGACAGCGGGACCUUCUCCAAGGCCGACAUCCUCCGAGGGAUCAUCACCGAGAAGCUCAGCAUCGCCACCCGCGACAUCCUGGCGGUGGUGGAGAGGACGGUGGCCGACUACGAGGAGGAGGCGUCGGGCUUCAGGCGGAGGAUCGCGCGGCAGGAGCGGCAGCUGGAGCUCCUGCAGCCCCGGGUCCACCUGCACAGGCUGCUGGAGGAACCAGAACCAGAACCGCGGGGCUCGGAGGAGCUGGACCGGACGAGACCGCCGAAGGAGGAGCUGCUCUCCCCGCCGCCUGGUACCCAAGACUCUGUGAGGAUGGACUUUCCUCAGGAGAACAACGAUGAUGAUGAUGAUGGUGGAGGUGGUUUUGAUGAUGAGGCCAAUGAUGAAGAAGAGCAGGUCCAGCCUUCUGCAGGUUCCACUGAAAGCUCCACGGCUCCAGAUGUUGAAAUCCCGUCGAGGUCCAUGUCCCACAGACCUCCACGGCACACAUUCCGGCCCAGAAGAGUCUGGACCAAGAACAGUCCAACCCACCUGGACCUCAGGAUUCGGUUGAUGAUGGACCCAAACGUGUCUGUGUUCCGAUGCGCUUAUUUGAAGAACACUCUUGUCCGGGACUUCAGUUUUCCUCGAGAUCUCCCAGAGUCAGAAUUCGUGGAUCUGCUCAGGUCCUCCUUCCCGCCGCUGGCUGGGAGUCACAAAGCCUUUGAUAUCUACACCGUCAACCGAAGUAAGAAGCUGCUGAAGCUUCCGCUGAAGACCAUGACACCCAAUGAGAUCAUCAGGAGCAUCAAGGCCAACGCGCCUCUGGCCACCAUCCUCGUCAUCAAGCUGCAGAACCCAGAAGCUAAGAAGAAGUCAGAGGAAACAUCUGAGGAGAAACUCAAAGGAGCAUCUGAGGAGAUCAAGGAGGAAUCUGAGGAGAACACUGAGGAGAACAUGGAGGAGGACACUGAAGAGGAGCACCUGGAGGAGGACAUUGAAGAGAAUGUGGAGGACAGUGAGGGCAUAGAAGAUUCCCAUGUGUCGACUGUAAAGGACCAACCUUCAUCCUGUGAUGCUGAAGCAGCAGAAGACGAAGCUGGACCAAGUUCGAGCUCGGAUCAACAUGGUUUCAGAGAGGAAGCUGGGAUCAGAGACUCACCAAAACACCAUAAAGACUCUGAGGUGGAUGAUGUGGACCAAGUUGAUGCCUCUACUGAAGAUCCAGAAUGGAGACUGACAUGUGAGCAGCAAAAAGUGGUGAAGAAAACACCCAAAAAAAGUCUAGGAAAACGGUGGAAAAAAAGGGCCUGUAAAGUCUGUGGGUUCUGGUACAGAUCCUUGGGCAGUUUGAUCAAACAUGCAUGGACUCACAUGAAUGAACCGCAAAGAGUUUGUGGCGUCUGUGGAGACACUUUUGAAUCCACCGAAGGGUUUCAGGAACAUCUGAGAACCUACGAUGAAGUCUACAAGUGUGAGGAAUGUGGUAAAAUCUUUGUUAACAUCUACACAUUCAGAAGACAUCUAGUCAUGCACUCAGAAAACGUGGACAUCCGGUGUGACGUUUGUGAGAAAAAGUUUGGAAGCAAGGCCGCACUGAACUUGCACAGCUGGAACCACGUAGAGGACCGGCCGCACAAGUGCGAUCUCUGUGAAAAGUCCUUUGGUCUGAAAAGUCUUCUGCAGGCUCAUAGAAAGAACCAUGAGAACAAGUGCCACGUCUGCGAAAAGAGCUUCUCCACCAGCCAAAAUUUGUUUCGGCACCUGAUGAGUCACUCGGAAAACGGCAACUUUGUGUGUGACGUUUGUGGGAAACGCUUAAAAAACUUAUUCACACUGAACAGCCACAAGCAGCUUCACAUGACCAGAGAACGGUCGUUCCUCUGCCAUAUCUGCUGCAAAGCCUUCUACUGCAACAGAACGCUGAAAACUCACUUGAUGAUCCACAGCAGCGAGAGGCCGUUCGUCUGCCAGGACUGUGGCAAAAGCUUUUUGGCAAAAGGAGACCUGAAGAAUCACCAACGAGUUCAUACCGGAGAGAGACCAUACGUCUGCUCCCACUGUGGACAGCGCUUCAAGAAUAAGACGAAUCUUAAACAACACGUCAGGACCCACUUGGGCAUCAAACCCUUUGUUUGCAACUUGUGCGGGAAGGCUUCUGCAACUUUGCCACUCCUGAGGAUCCACAUGAGGACCCACACUGGAGAAAGACCCUACAAGUGCUCUCUUUGUGACAAGACCUUCACCCAGAGCCACUGUCUGAAAACACACAUGAUGAAGAACCAUGCUGGAGAGAACCAGAACCAGACCGGACCCUAAAGAACCUUUAUCAGAACAAUCCAAACGGACUUCAGAACAUGAUGCUGGAUUGAAACGGAAGCUCCAGAGAGAAACUUUCUGUGCUCGUCACUAACAGGAGGAAUGUAGUCUGGUCAAAAUGGAGACAAAGGAUUUUAACUGAGGUAAACAUUCUUUCUGUGUCUUCCAGAAACACAAGGUAAACGACAAUAUAAUUACUCUUAGUUAGCAUUCUAAGAUGGUCUUUAGCAGGGACAACAUUUUUAAUUAAUGGUUGUAUUACUGAGUAUAACCUUGAUUUUAUGUUUUGAAACCCAGUUAGAUGAAAACAACAGCUCAGCUGUUCUCACUGAGUCAACAGGUGUUUGUUCAGUGGAAGGAAAGGUGGUUGGAGUUUAAUGUUGAGAACAUUUUGGCUGGAGAAAAUAAAACCCUCCAACUCCAAAAAGACUGUGUGUGGUCUCUU